GUUUUGUCGGAAAGCCAAGCACGCCAUCAACACAGUACCCAGGACACACCUACAGUGUUGUGAAAGCGAAAGUUGGUUUUGUCCGUCUCAUCAUUCCUGUCUGGCAUCGGCUUCGAUCUAGAAUCUAGAUCUAGUGAAUUCUAUCCAGUCCGGUGUCAAAAUAUGGCGGAUGAUCAGGAGCAGGCAAUUCCUGCUCAGACUGUGGAAGAGCCAUUGGAUUUGGUACGUCUCAGCUUGGAUGAAAGAAUUUAUGUUAAAAUGAGGACUGAUCGGGAGCUUCGUGGGCGUCUGCAUGCAUAUGAUCAACAUCUCAACAUGAUCCUGGGCGAUGUUGAAGAAACUGUGACUACUUCUGAAAUUGAUGAGGAAACAUAUGAGGAAAUUUUUAAGACCACCAAGAGAACAAUUCCCAUGUUGUUUGUUCGAGGUGAUGGCGUCAUACUUGUCUCUCCGCCAAUGAGGACUGCCACUUGAUCGAAGUCUCUGUAAUUUUAGAGAAAAAAACCCAACUUGUUUUGUUCUUUUUUUUAAACUUAUUUUUUUCCUCCAUUGUUUCACUUCUCAUUUGCUAAUUUGUUGACAAUGAUGUACAUGUGGUUUUCAUUUUCAUAACAUUGUAUCAAAAGUCAUUAGACUCAAAAGUCCAUCAGAAUAAAUAUGCUCCAAACUAUAA